AAAUCUAGAUCUAGACAGACUGAGAGAGUCGGCUACAGUAACUAGAUUCUAAAUCUAGAUCUAGAGAUCUAGUAAUGUAACAAUAGAAGGUUAGAAUGCUAACCAGUAGACUCUAGAUCUAGAUCUGAGAUCUACUCGUGUAGACUAGAACUUCUGAACUAGAGUAGCCUUGUCUAAGAACUUUUCUUUCAUUCAAGCUGCUGGAACUUGACUCUAAAAAGUAAACUAAAAACACAAAAUUUCUACGAACGGUUUCCGUUCUCGAGAUUUUUUGGUUUUUGCGAGAUUUAGGCAUCAUCUUUCAUUCUCAUUCUGCCUUUUUGUGAGGACUGGGAAGGAGCAUAUUUAUGUUUGUGUCGAAUUCAAUUUCUAGAGUCUAGAGCUAGAGAUUUUUAGACGUCUGAAUAUUCAGAUACUUCAGUUGUGGUUUGGACAACGUUCCUGGACUAUACUUAAUUUGAAAAUGCCUUCAAAAGGUACUGCGGCGAGAAAACAAGACCGCUCGACUUUGGAAGAAACCUAUUUUGCAUUUAGUCACCACUAAUCACUUUAGCAAAAACUAAAAUCCUUCUCAUCCUCUCAGUCCUCCACAUAGUGGAGCUUUGUCAGAAUUCAAUUUGAUGCAACAUCUUAUUGAUGAAAUGGACAAGUCAAAUCAGAGGAUUGAGGACAUAUCCCAAACACAUGAAGAGUUGGGACUUCAUGUAGAUGGUCAUCCAUCAUCAUCUCACCAGUACGAGUUGCUGUAUGACGAGGCUUGGAAGUCUGAAGAAUCAGAUGGUGCCAGUCUCCAAGAGAUACCACUUUCAAUCAUUAACAAAGAGUUGAAUGACAGUGGAUGUGAUGAGGCUGUCAACAGUGCUAUCACUGAGGUUUCAAAAGACUUCCUCUCUGGCUUGAAGGCAUCGAACUAUAAUGUUGACAGUGAUGAGUCUCGCAUAUCAUCAGAUACAGAAUUCAAACUUCUCAAUGGAAUGGCCUCAUAUGCUCGCUACCCGGAAACUGGGACUGGCUUAUCAGACACUGACUGGAAUCCGUAUGGCACAGAAUCUGACUCAAACGCUUCUCCACGUAUGCAUAAUUCCGACAAUAAAAUAGUGGAUGCCAAGACCAUUUCUUUCAACCCUCCGUUACACAGCACAGACUUGAACAUUAUAACUCCAAUGUCUGCUUCAGGGAAUGCUCGUCUCAGCACUAGCCACAGUUACACAGACAGUGCCAAUACAGUUGUAUGCUUGAAACCAGACAUGACUACAGACUUCUCCACAAUUUCUCACAUGUCAGAGCAAACUCCCAGCCCUGUCAAGUUAAACAAAGAAUAUAGGAGAGACACGGAUUUGAAUCAAACAAUGCGAGGUCCAGAGCUGGAUCUUCAGGCUAGAGACAGGCACAUGAGUGGACCAACAAGUCACCUUGGUCUGAAGUCAUCUGGUAGUUCUGAUAGGAAUACUGAGAAUCUGCAGUACAUGUCUGUCAUGGAGAGGGCUAAGCUAAUGGGCAUUCCACAGGAAAUUGUUGAGGGACGAAUGAUUGAGAAGUCUAGCCUGCAGCCUGUCAAUGGCAUUGGUUUGAAGAAAGAUGAUAACAGGAAUGCACAAAGUUCUAAACGCUCUGGUUACAGGUCUGAUGAAGAUCAUCUGGGGAAAAGAGUAGAGAAAGUCUUGUCGCAAACAGAGUAUCUAGAGGCUGUCAGCAAUGCCCACAAAUCAGCUAAUGUGGACUAUAAUAUGUUACAAAAGGACCUCCAGGAGAUCCAAGACAGCUUGCAUCGCACCCUGGGUCCAGAAACCACUGCAAACAAGAGUAACGCUUCGGCAAGGGACGAGGUGGAUGGAAGAAUGCCUGUUUUGUCUGACAAUGAUGGUGAUAUAAUUCCCAGCACAACAACAACCCCGGAGAGAAGAAAGAACAAAAUGACUUGGGACUUUGCUGCUGACCUUGGCUAUGUUGACCCAGGUGGCUUGAUGGGAGAGAUUUCUUUAGACACCUACACUUCGAACUCUCAUAGACCCUCCACAGAAAAGCAGUCUUAUAAUUCCGAUGGAGAUGAGACAAGGACAUCGGGGAGUAGUUCUAAGCUUGAUGAUCAUGCAGCUGCGGACCAAGUUCUUGCUGACAUGUCAGAAAUUUUACUCCCUACGACACACCAGCUUCAGUCGUCGAAAGAUGUGGAUGAAGUCUUGUCCAGCUUCCGAGACCAAAGGAGACAACUAGAGUCUCGAUAUGAACAGUUGAACAACCAAGGGUUGGCUGACAAAGUUUAUCGUAUUUUGACAAAUCAGGACCCAAAUUCUCAGGCUCGUGGUAUUUUGUCUGAUGUUAGUGCAGAGGAAAAAAAUAUGAAAACAAGGUAUGCACUUGGCUUACAGAAAAAUGAUUUUAACUUUGUUUCUGGCUCUGGCAAUCUAGACGAUAGCAACCACACUGUGACUUUCCCAGACGAUGUGCGCAAACGACUUGACCUGUCUGGCCUGAGUUCUGUAGACUCAAGUCGAGUGUUUGAAAAGUCCUCUUUCGCCAUGCCUCCUGUGAAGGGCUUCACAGCAUUUGAGGACAUGACAAAAUUUUUGUCCUCCCAGAUGGCAAAAGUAUCUGAGAGAACAUUCAAUCAUAGCCUCGAGUUGCAAGUUCCACCUCAGACCAUUCAAUGUUACCCUUUGUUUAGGGAUGAAGACCGGGGUAACAAGGACAAUGAUAAACCCACAGAGGAGCAAGUAGCUACAUCUCCUGAGGGAGACACAGAAGCAACAAGCAUUGUUGGCAGGCCGAGGAGUCCACUUCAAGCUGAGGACAGAGUAGAGUCGAGCACUCAGUUGAAGGAUCUGUAUUCAGAUCCAGACCAAGGCAACAACAGCAACCAAUCUCCCAAUGACUCAGACUCAGGGGCUGGCCACCUAACAAGGGAAAAGUACAGGCCCUAUCGUCCUGCUGGGUCCAAGGAAGUAUACUACACAGAGAGUGACACAGCCUCAGUGACAGACAGUGUCACUACCAUGGAGAGCACACACAUUGGUUCUGAUGAUGCAAGAGGUCCCAGCCUACCAUCAAAUGUGUUGGGAAGUCGGAGAGAUGCGCCAAACGUAGCUGGUAUUUAUGGUGCUAAAAAACCUCUCUCUACAGUACAAGAAAAUUCUGAACUUCCUACCAUCCAGGAAAAAUCUGGAAUUGAUGAGCGAGAGCAGGAAUCUCCUUCCUGGAAAGGGGACAGAAGCUCUGAAGCUAGAUCUGCUACUGUUCCUGGGAACGGACCACGGAGUCAGGGAAUCUCUUCCAGACCUGAAACUUCUAGUGACAGGGGGCGUGACAAAGAAUACAGUGCUGCACAGAAGACUUCCAAACCAAGAACUGAUAAAGAUGAUGGGAUCUCCAUCAACGUGCAUACAGAAAUCAGAGAGCCAAAGAGUGGUCCAUCACCUUCUGUUGAGGCUGCAAGGAGAAAUGCCCGAUGGGAGAAUAGAGAAGAGGAGAGACAGCGCAGUGGGUCAAACCCCAGUCAUGGUGUGGGUAAUGGAGGCCAGUCUUUUGGUGGACAAGAUCAUACAAGGGGAGAGUUCAGAGUACCAGACAGAACAAAAGAUCAAAGUCCUGAUUCGGACUUCAAAUACAUUGGAUUAAGAGAGCCGUAUACUCUUCCCUCUGAUGCAUUUAUCAGCAGCCGGGAGUCCCCGUUACAGGAAGUAGAUGAUCAGCCAUCGGAGCCACUGUCCCUGAGGAUUCAGAUGAAGUAUGAAGACACAAAUGAGUCAAACGCAUAUGACAGACAGAGAUGGGCAGAGCCAACAACAAUGAAACAGUCGAGGAUACCUGAAGACUUUCUGCCCACUGCGGCAAGUAGCAGACCUUUUCUUGGAUCGGACCGUAGAAGUCGAUUUGACAAUGAUGAAGUGGGUCAAUAUUCUUCUCUACCAAGACGUAGGUCUCCUUCUCCACAUAGGUACUCUCCAGAACAACUGACCCAGGUUCGACCUCGAUCUCAUUCUGAUGAUAACUUGUACUCCCCCGUUCGACAAGCUCGUUUGUCCCCUGCCUUCAGACGUGCACUUUCACCUGAUCUGAGAAAUGCAAUAGAGGGUAGGUCUCCACUAUUGAGCCGAGAUCUGAAGGAUUCCCUUGCCCAACCUCCUUCGUACUACCCUGAGCAUCGCCCAAUGAGAGAACGUGACUUGGCUAGGAGUCUGUCUCCUCCUCCAACAUUUCUGGCCCGAGAUCGUAGUUCAUCCCCACGACUGCACAGAACAGAAAACCUGUUUGCCAGACCUAGUAGCCCUCCGAGUUUACGCUCUAGGAGCCAUGAAGACCGUGCUCAUUCUCCGAUCUUGAGAGUACGAGAUGAUGUCGCAGUGAGGCAGUCAUCACCGAGCCCAAGUCGAAGAAUUUUGGCUGAUCCAGACCGGAGUCACAGAGAGCAGGGACAAUCCAGACAGAAAAAGGCAGCUGUUUCUUCUCCAAAAAGGUUUGUAGAGCUCACUCUGGAGGGCAUGAGCUCGGAGAGCGAGGUGGACACUGACUUGGACAGGGAGCCCGUCAGUAAGAGGGCACAACUCCUGAGGCAUGCGCUGCACCAAAACCAUGAGCCAGACGUCCGGCCAGAUAUCAAUGCUUUGUGGGAGCAGUUCAAGGCCGUGAAUGAGUCAUUCGACAGUUCCAUGAACAGCUCAAGGAUGGAGGCUGUUGCUGACCUGCUGCGCAACCCCACCCAACACAUGGUGCAGCAGUACCUCAAGGAACGCGACCAGUACCGUGUGGAGAGACAAGAGAGAGCACAACAAGAUCGCGAUCGUAGGCUCCAAGAGCAGAAGAAGCUUCAUCAGUCUAGACAUAGUUCCAGCGAAGAUGAUCUUAACGGCAGCUAUGCCCAAAUACUUGCCAGCAAGGAGGAGGAGAGGCAAAAAAGGAGAGCAACAAAGAAGAAGAAAGGAAAAUCUGGAGAGGUGGGAAAAGUUCAAGGUCAAGUAGAGACAGGGAAAGUCCGAGGUGAAAGUGCACAAGAUGCACUGAAUCCUGAAAAUGUCCCAGACAGUCUGUUUUCUAUUCCAGAAGAUGCCAGCUUUGAGCAGUCACCGACAAAAUCAAAUUCACCCUCAAAGGCCCAGAAAGCUAAGCCUCAUCGUCAGCAGCACAUCAUUGAUCCCAACAUGAAAAAAUUGAGAGAUCGGAUUUCCAAACAAAAAGGGAAGAUUGACAAAAGUACACUGAGAGAACUCCAGCGUAUAGACAAGUUAAAGAAACUGGAGAGUCUUCUGUCUGCCAAGCAAAAAGGAGAGAUUAGUGAUGGAACUCUGGAAAUGCAGCUGGAAGAAAUCUCGUCUACCUCACCGGUAUCUGACAACUCCCAGGAUGGCACAAGAGAUAUCAAUAAUGGACAUAAUUCCUCAGCUCUCUCUGAUGACAGUACUACUGCCAAAGACAGCAGUGCAGAAAUGCAUCGAUGGAAGGCGGAGAAGGAAAAAAGAAUCAAAGAAAUGAAAGCAGCUGAAAGAGAAAGACUCCGUGAGAUAAAACAGCUGAAAGUCGCGAAGGAUAGGAGCAAUAUGGAGUCUAGACACAACCAGUUCAAGUCUGGUGGCAGACAAGCAAAUGGGCAGAUGUCAGAAAUAAAGUUGUUGCAGCUGGUGACGGAAGGUCUCCUCAGCCCCCAAGAGGCCUACAGACUGGCACUGGAGAGGGCUUCUGCCCAGGGAGGUUCUUCACAGGAUGAGGAAUUUGUCCCAAGAAACGUACCAAAUACUAAUAUGAAUCACAAUGAGAGGCUUCACAGAUUAUAUUCCCCUUACUCUAGAGAUGACUCUUUCAAUGGGAAUGUCUAUCGUCACAACGGCAAGCUGAAGCAGUCUCCCUCUGUGAGCUCAUCUUUGCCAGGGGAGAAGAUUCAAGGCAGGUUUCCUGAUGGGAACAACACAGGGAAAAGGUUUGGAGCAACUUCAGUGGAAGGAAGAUCUCACAGUAGCAGCUCAAGGCAGAGUCGUGGUUUGGUACGUCCUAACUCAGCUGCUUAUGGUUCCCACUCCCGGUCUCCAAAUUCACGUGAACGACCUGUGAUUUCAGUGCCAGAGUCUCCCAGGUCAGCUCAACAGAGUCGACAGAAAAAUCGUGGCAGCAGCUUCUCUCCUUCGAGAUAUGAUCAAAGCAGAAGUCCAGCAAAUCGCCAUAGUCAAAGUAAAAGUCCAUCUGGAAGAGGAAUUGCUCAUCGUCCCCGUUCCUUGUCUCCCUCUCAAAAUUUGAAGGAGAAGAGAUCAAAUCGACGUGCUGGAGUGGCUAAGCUGCGAACAGGGUCAGAGAAUGUACGACCAAGGAGACAGGAAACACCAAGCUGUGGCGGUGUUGCCUGGCACAUUCCAAUGAACACUCAUCCCAGUCAGUGGAAGGAGCCCACCACUGGCCCACAGAGGCAGGCAGAACGUGUGCGAGAUGGAAUGCCCUUGACAGAGUGCAACCGACAGCCGGAAGUGUCCCAUGGGCCGAGCCUGCCAGAUGAAAACACAGACACAGAUGUUGAGCCAAGGGCUGACCGGCAGGGGGCAGAUAUCUGGCAUAAGUGGGACCACCCUGCGGGAAUCCCACGGCAGCAGUGGGCAGAAAUGGUUAGUCGAGAUGCUCUUGCCAGCAAGACGAACCACUGGGAAGUGGAUCCUCUGAUGGACAGGGUCCAGUAUAUUCUCAACAAGCCAGCAAGUGACACUGCCAGUGAAGCUGGACAGACCUGGCGUGAGAAGAAGCCAAUUGAAAAAAUGACCCUACAGGAGGCAUUUCUCGCCCGUAAUCAAACAUUCAUUUCGAGUUGCAAGGAGCGUCAGAAGAGAUUGGCUCUUUCGAAUGAGAACCGAAGGAUGCAGGAAUGCUUGAGAUUGGAGCGAGAAGCCAUUUUUUCAGAGAAUGAUCGCCUCAUGGAACCCAAUCUUCAUGCACAUCCCUAUAGUGACAACUUGUACCAACCCAAAAGACGAGUGUUGACAAAACAAGAAAUGAAACAAAUCACAUUAAACAAGUACAAGAAAUUACCUGAGGUUGUUCAGAAGAAAGAAAGCGACAAAAGGGCAGAUGAGAAAAAGCUUAACAGAUUGCGUGCACGUUUGUUCAACAAAAAAGUGCAAAGAGAUGUGCUGAGGAAAUUGGUCAUGAGACAACGUUAAAAGUCUCCAGUAAUUCUGUGUUGAAAUAGUGCAGCAAUGUCUGUUUGGUACACUUUAAUGUUAAGUAUCCUAUAUAUGUAUGUGGUUGAAUAAAAGAGGUAUUGUGAUUAUCUAGCACUGGCUUGUAUUGGAAAGAUGGUAGCUUUGUAAAGGGAUUAUGUUUCAUAUUCUCCGUACACACUUGUCUUGUCAGUUCAAUAAACUGGUAGUAUUUAUUUAUUCCCAUACUUUGCAUUAAGUGAUCAAAAGUCUUACAGUGUCUUCAGCCACCAAUUUGCCGUCUUCUGUGAAGUUACUUCUGUGAUGAGCUACAAAAUAAUCUUUAAAGAAAGUACAGGAAACUCUUUAUAUUCAUAGACAAGAAAUUCUGAUAAGAUUGUGCCAUUUGAGUAAUCCUUCACACAAUUUGCUUAUCUUUGUUUCUCACUCAAUAUGAUUAUUAUAAUUUUUAAAAAGGAUGAGGCAAAUAAAGUUGGUCCUGUCCUAGACAUGAAAGGUCAGUGCCCCAGAAAUAAAAUUGGACCAUGGUUUAGCCACUGAUAUCAUGUUCCUAUUUAUUUGUCAAGGCUGAAGUGAUGAAAUGUCGCCAGUUUCUAGCAAAGUUAAAAACUUGGAAUAUAACAUUAUCAGCAGUUCUAUCUACGGUAGUCUUGUUUUGAGUUUAUUGUCUUGUUCCAUACAUAUUUGAUCGAUUUCUGAAUCAUAUAUGUUUUCAACUGAAGUUUCCCUAAAACUGGCGUGUUAAUAUAAGAUCAGCUUUUAAAAGUUUUCCAGGAAAUCCUCAAACUUACUCCAAGUAAAUUGUAAAUCUAGUGAAAGAAAUAAAGAUUCUUCUUCUUUUGGAGUUCAUGUUUAUUUGUGUCAUGAAUCAUGUACAGCCUCUUUGAUCAUAAAUGCUUGAAGCUUAGAACAAAGUUGACGAUAUUUGCAUUUUCUGUGAUAUACUAUAACAAUAUUUUUGUUUCUUUUUGUCCCUCCCUAUAUCCCCUUCUUCAUUCCGUCCGUCUGGUUCUUCUCCGAUUGUUAAUUUGAAGAGAUUGAAAGUCAAAAUAUAAUGGUCUUUAUUUUUGCCAGUAACUUCUUAAUCAUCGUAAUCCAAGCACCAUAGCUUGCCUUUUAUACUCAUUAUAUUAUAACUUUUAAAGAGCUUGCAUUAUUUUUUAAAGUUGAAAACUUAAUAAUAUUAUACUAGUAUGGUUUCUUGUAUUGUCAUAGUCAUACUGCAGAGUUCUAGAGUUGAAAUUCUAUAAACAAUAAAAGUGUAUUUUCACACCACUAUGAUCCCGAAUUAGAAAUUUAGUUGAUUUGCAUGAGAUUGGGGUUUGAGUCUUAAUGAGAUUAGAAAUGUUUUGUUUCUUUAGGAAGAUUUCUGCUCAGCCAUUUGCCCUGAUAUUGAAAGGCAAGUGCCAUUCACUUCUUUGGGAUGACUAACUUAGUCUAACAGGGUGUUGUAUUCAAAUGCAACUGAACACUUUGUAUAAUUCUCAACUCUGGCUCAGGUAUCUCCUUCAAAAAUGGAGAGACGGUUUUUUGAUGAAAAGAAUGUUAAACCAAAUGUUGUUUUAUGAGUUUCAAAUUUACUUUCAUUUGUUAAUUUACCUAGUGACGAAUUAAUAUUCACUUAUCUCAGUUUCUUUACUUACAGGGAUUUUGCACACCGUGCAGCAUUAAAUAUAUAUAGUAUCCUUUACCUUAGCGACAGUAACUUUGCAUCUCAUGUAGGGCGAUCUUAUUGUCACUUUUUAGUGUUUUAAUAUUCUGUACAGCUAUUGUUGUAGACCGCAAAUUGUCAAUAAAAUUUGCUUAUUACAAAGUU